AGGAAGGGAAAGCCUCGAAGGGCAAACCCAUCUUGGGCCAACCCCCUGUGACUGUGCCGCUGAGCGCAUGUUGAGUCCUGUCCUGCGCCUUUCCCACAGCACACUCGCAUGUCGCUGCGGUGCACUCACCCACCGAGCCCUGUCUUUCUCUCCGGCUGCGGGAUCGCUUCUCCUGCGACUACAGUCUCUCUGGAUAUUCACACGUUUUUACAGGCUGGCUCUCGUCACCACCUAGUGUGCAGCCAGGGCAUUGAGACGAUGUGAUUUAUCUUGGAGGAAAAUUCAACCACAGUAAAUCAUACUUGAUAGCAUCGAAAGGAAAACUCUAAGCUGACCACUUCAUUCUUUUCAAAACCAAGAGGAAGAAUGCACAACCGGAGGAUUAUAUGACGCCUUCUCUGGGGAUCUAAAAGUAACCCAAAAAGAGAAAAGAAAGAACAAUCUACCUGUGGAAGUACUUUAGAAACAACCAAAUGGCCACAGAGUCUUUCCAUGCUGCCCAUGCUGCCGUAGCUCCAUCCCCAUCCCCAUUCACCAUGUCGCCCCCCACAGGAAACCUGCUCCGGAUGUUUCAGGAGUACCAGAGCAACGCGGUCAUCAUCGAGCACUACAACUUCACGGGCAAACUGCAGAAAAACAAGUACAAAGAAGGACUCACCCCGGAGGCCAUAGCCUUCCUGCUCGUCUGCCUGCUGAUCGUCGUGGAAAACGCCGUGGUGCUCGUGGCUAUCUGGAAGAACAAGAAAUUCCACAUGCCCAUGUACUACCUCCUGGGCAACUUGACCCUCUCAGACCUGCUGGCGGGUUUCACCUACAUGGUGAACAUCAUCACGUCCGGUGCGAAGACGUUAAAGCUGACGCCGGUGCUGUGGUUCCUGCGGGAGGGCGGCGUCUUCAUCAUGCUGGCCGCCUCCGUCAUCAGUCUGCUGGCCAUUGCCAUAGAGCGCCACGUCACCAUGGUGAGGAUGAAGCCGUACCAGGGGGACAAACAGGGCCGGAUGUUCGCUCUGAUCGGAGCCAGCUGGGUGCUGUCCGUGUUCCUCGGCGUCCUGCCCGUCCUCGGCUGGAACUGCAUGGGCCGGCUGGACCAGUGCUCCACGGUGCUCCCGCUCUACGCCAAGAGCUACAUCCUCUUCUGCAUCACCGUCUUCAGCGCCAUCCUCAUGUCCAUCGUGGUGCUCUACGUGCGCAUCUUCCGCAUCGUCAAGUCCAACACGCACCGCCUGGCGUCGGUCCCCCAGCGCAAGGGCCUCUACCGCAAGUCCCAGAAGUACAUGGCCCUGCUGAAGACCGUCACGAUCGUCCUGGGCGUCUUCAUCAUGUGUUGGCUGCCGCUCUUCGUCCUCCUGUUGAUGGACUUCUUCAGCCCGGCCAAAAGCUGCGGGGUUCUCUUUAAAGCGGACUACUUCCUGGGCAUCGCUAUGCUCAACUCCCUCCUCAACCCCAUCAUCUACACGCUGACCAGCAAGGACAUGAGGAAGGCCAUCCUCCGGUUGCUAUGCCGACACUGUCUCUUGACGAAAGACGGACAAGUGAAGAAGUUCGGGAUGCCCUUCCUGGACUGCAGCACCAGUAGAGCCGACGCUGCCUCGCACAAACUGGAGGGAGUGGAGACGACGGUGUCCUCCGGGAACUUUACUCCCUCUACGAUCAAAGCCGUGUACCCCAGGAUCUCUAAGACAUGACACAGCGGCUCACUGGGGAGCAGAGAGAGAGCGAGCAUUGGGACUCAGGCUGACUCACCCAUCCGAGCUGUGCUCCGGGCGAUGUACGACAGGAGCACACGUUUUGUGUUGCACUCUGCCAGGGUUCGGUAGAGUAUGCCAGAGUUCGGUAUGUGACUGAAGCAGGGCUGUGCUAAAGAAAGUCUUAGUCAACUAACACUCCCAGGGUUUUGUCAACAUAUCGAUUAGUUGAUUCAAUCGACAGAUCAGAGAAUCAUGCAAAAGCACCU